CAACAACAAGAACAGCAACAACAACAACAAUAAGUUCACACAAGCAAAAAUGAAUUUAAGUAACAAACAAAUUGCACAAGAAUCGAACCCAAGGCGGCAGCGGCUUGGAUAUUGUCAUGAGCGGCGUUGGCGUCGGUGUCGGCGUCGGCGUCGGCGUUCCUUUGCCGCCUGGCAUCAAUAGCAACAACAGCAGCAACAACACUAACAACAACAACAACAACAACAGCAGCAGCAACAGCAGCGGCGUGGGCGAUAAGACGUCCGUCAAUGUGGCCGGCGGCAGCGACGAUCUGAACACUCUGGAAGCGGAAAUAUCGGAAUUGCAGCGCGAAAACGCACGCGUCGAAUCCCAAAUGAUGCGCCUCAAGUCGGACAUCAACGCAAUGGAGUCGCAGCUGAGCACCAGCGAUCGGGAGGCUUCUCCACUGAGUGCACAUCAGCAACAUCAACAACAGCAACAGCAGCAGCAACAACAGCAGCAACAACAGCAACAACAACAACAACAGCGACCCACAGCUUCAUCGCUGGCCUCACCCAGCGGCCAGUCACCGUUCGCCGGCGUCUCAUCCACCACCAGCGGCAGCGGCAUUGAUCUACUGCCCAGCGGCAUGUCGCACGUCUCCGCCGACAACGGCGGCGUCGGCGGCGGUCCGCCCAAUGCCAAUCUGAACAACUACUACGAAAGUUUGCGCAACAAUGUCAUCACAUUGCUGGAGCAUGUGCGUCUGCCACCACCGCCGCCGCCGCCGUCGUCGUCGACGCUGCCACCAGGCGCGGCGCCAGGCUCCGGCAUGGACAAUGGCUGUGCCGCCGCCAUUGGCGUGCAGCUGAGCGCCGAGCAUCAUCACACGUCAGCCGCGGCUGCAGCUGCAUAUUCG